UUGGUAUUGAGGAUCAUUAUAACUUGGUAUAGAUUUUUCUGUUGGUUUGAUUAUAACUACAAAUUUAUUCAUAUGUAGUUAUGGGAGUACAUGGACCGACAAAAACAAGGAUCGAAAGACUGGAUCGAUAACCAGUCCUUUUCCAUCAUCUAAAGAUAACCUUUUGGACUCUCUUGUGUGGAGACCACCUGCUGGACUAGGAAAAAAUCGAGCUUUCUGGGUUGGUUUGACAAUAUGGUUGGGAUUAGUUGGUGCUGUUCUCUUCAUUCAAAGAUGAAGUUCAAGUUCUCCAAUUUAUGAUGAUUCUGAUUGUGUUAUAAUUUUUCAUUUUAGUUCAUAGUGUAUAUAUAGAUCAUGUUGUAAAGAAUGAGAGGAAAAUUUGUAGAAGCCAAACCAAUGCCCUCACAAAUUUGUGGUCGCCUAUGUCCUCUCAAAUUCUAACAUGUUUUGGAAUUUUGCUCUAUCCAUGUAUAUCAGGUUCAAUUUCUUGAUCAUCUUGAUCUUGGAAGAGUUAAGAAACUAACUACCUAAUUAACAAACUAACUAACUAACUCUAUCCAUGUAUAUCAGGUUCAAUUUCUUGAUCAUCUUGAUCUUGGAAGAGUUAUAAAAUAAAACUGUAUUGAUUUUUCUUUUACCAUCUCUCUCUCUCUCUCUCUCUCUCUCUCUCUCUCUCUCUCUCUCUCUCUCUCUCUCUCUCUCAACUCUAUAGUUUUUCUUUUACAUAUCUCUCUGCCACUGCAAAGCUUAUUUCAUUCUUCAAGUCACACUAUUUCUUUUUUUUUCUUUCACCAGAAACCUUUUAUUCUUCAUUCUUUUUUUUUCACUCUUCAAGUCAUUCUUAAAGCUUUGGAUGGAUAUGGAUAUCGAUUCACCGGAAACCUUGAUCAAAUGUUUGAGGAUUCGUCGGCACUACUAUGUUGAGUUACGCAAUCAUCCAAAUCACUAUCGAUUUUACCAUUGUAUGUUAUGUAAAGAAUUAAAUGUAGAUGUAGAAUCUCUGGUAGGUCAUCUUAAGAGUGAUGCUCACAAGAAAAAUUUGAAUUUAGCUAAGCUUACCCUCCUGAAAAGAAACAUUAACAGAUGGCCUUUCAAUGACGGUGUUCUGUUGUUUGAUUCUUCAAUCAAAGAAGAAGAUAUGUCUUACCGUGAAAAACAAGAAGCGUUUAAAAAUGACUCUCAAGGCUUCAAAACUUUUAAAGAUUGUUUGAAAGCCAUUGACGACGACGAUGACCUUGCUAUCGAAAAGUUUGAGUAUGACCCUGAGAUUGUGAAUCCUCGUGUGAAAGCAUAUAGUAGCUGUUUUCUUAUACCUGCUCAUGGGGAUACUUUGAAGAUCGGAAAAUCACAGAUUUUUGGGAGGUAUUCUUCUAAUGAAGAGAUUGAGAAAAUUUGGUGUGAGUGGAUAGGGAAGGAUGAUAACGACCUUACUAGUGUUGAAGUUAAGGAUGACGACCUAAUUAGAGUCGUUAUCAUGCGGUAUGGGCGUGGGAUUGCAAACUCAUAUUGUGGGAUGUGCAAUAAAAUUUUUCUUGAUGGCAGAGAUGUUGCUUCUCUUUUGGAAGAUCCAGGCACAAGUUUUGGGAAAAUAGUAUGUUGCAAUUCGAGAGCAAGGAAUAAAUCGAGUAAAAGUGUAUUUCAUUCUUUUCAUACAAGUUGUCUACUCCAAUGGAUAUUAUGGUGUGAAUAUGCACAAACGAUGGAGGUAGAAGGUGUGAAAGAUAUAGUUAAUCUUUUUUGUCCUGACUGUAACAGUACUGGUGAGAAUGGUGUGGAAUGUUAUUCCAAAUUUGAGAUGGACACGGUGAAAUCAAAGAUACUGGAAGCAAAGAAUGAAUGGACCAAGAAUCCUGAGCGUUUGCAAAAUUCUUCGAUAGGGCUCCACUUCCCGCUGCAAACUGAAGACACAGAGAAAGAAGUGAAGUUCUUAAAACUCGUACAAUUUUAUCGUGCUGAGUAUGAUCCUAGUUAUCUGACUAAGGUUGAAGCUUCCAUGACUUAAAGUUAGGAUUAACAGUUUGAUCGAUGAUUAUGAUUGUCAGAAUUACUACUUUUGAGUGAUGAUUACUAGAGUUUGAUUGUGUGUUGGUUUGGUUGUAAAUAUACAUUAGCUUUCUAUGAACAUAUAUUUCAUACAUUGUUGAUACUGGUUUGUUUGUUUUGUCCAAACUAAGAAGCACUGUUUAUAUUGUAAAAAUUUGGUUGAAUUUUAA